AUUGCUCGUUGACUGGCUGAAAAUAGUGAACCAAAGUAUGAGUUUUCGAAAUAUGUUCGAAUAAAAAGUGUUUAGUGAGUGACUGUCAUCCAGCAAGAUGGUUGAUGACGUGAGAAAUAUUAACGAAACCGCUGAAAGCAAAGAGGCCAUCGACCGGUCGAGAUUAGCGCGGGAGAGACGUGAAGCAGAGCAAAGAAAGCGACUAGACGAACUUCGAGCGCACGCUGCGGCCGCACAGGCGCAGAGAGAGAAACGAGACGAGGACCGGAGACGGAGGCAGGCCGAGCAGAGAGCAAAGGACGACGACAGACGACAACAGGUCAGUGAAUGUGUGGAAGAACGGAAACGUGCAAUAUGGGAAGCGUCCAUAUCCCGGCGCGAAGCUUUAUUGCAACGAGAGAAGGACCGAGCGGAGCGCAUGGAACGCGCCCGCGCCGCCCGGUCUUCGCCCCGACCGGCGUUCGCUUUCGGUUCUUCGACACCGCGGCUCCUGGAUCCGCUAGAUUCGGCCGGAUUCUUCUGGGCAGCGCGCAGUACCAACCCCAUAGAUCAGAUGAACUUUUUUGAGUCGCUGGCGGCAUCAACAACGAACGUGAUGUUCACAUCUGCGCCGCUCACGAGACGAGCUUCAGCACUGCAACUUGACUCUUCAGACACCGACACUAAAGACGAGCCGGACCGGCAGCCGGCGCCGGCGUGGACGUCAGUGGCGCGUCGCCGCACCGACCUGGUGCCGACCGUGCCGCUGGGCCGCGCGCCAGGUAGGGCCCACUCCAUGACCAGACUCGACCGUCUGCCCUCAGCCCGGCCCUUACACUCGGCGUCGCCCUCCAUGCACCAUCUCAACAGGACCCAACCGCGCUCCGGCGAGACGACGCCGGGCUCGCGGCCGGGCAGCGCGCUGUCGCAGGCCGCCGUGCCGCGCCGCCCCGCCUCCACGCCGCGCCGCCCGCGCCCCGCCUCCAUCGCCGGCACCGGCCUCAACACGCCCAGAGGCGGGCUGGGCGAGAGCAUGUCCCAGAGCGCGGCCAGCACGCCCAGCGUGUCCCGCGACAGCACGCUGGCCGCCGCCCCGCGCCGCGCGCGCCCGCUCUCCCUGCACGCGCCGCUCCGCACCGCGACUCCAGCCGCGCCCGGCGAGGGCAAGCCUCCGGUGCACAGAAAGCCAAAGUCAUCCAAAGAACACGACAAGACUCCGCGCGGCAAGUCCCAGUCGCCGGGCCGAACCCGCGACGUGUCCGUCGAGAAGGAAACCGUUAAAGCGUCGGACAAGAGUCAAGUGGACGCCGCGGAGGUCACGCAGAAACUGGAGGCGCUUCAGGUCCACAACGGGGACGGCCCCCCACUACAAGGCCCCCCUUCGCAGGGCCCCCUGCCGCAGGGUCCCCCGCCGCAAGGGCCCCCGACGCACGGACCCCCGACAAUCGAAACAAAACAGGAGAUGGAACCGGAGCCUGAAACGAAACUUGACGAGAAACAAACCGAGCCAAGCAAGCUUGACAACAAGCCGGAGAAGAGAGAAGAAAAAGAGGAGAGGAGUCAAGAGAAGGAGAAGAUGGAAGAGAAUGAGAUGACAGCGUCCAUGUCGGGGCGCCGCAUCACCACGGAGGAGCAGGCCAAAGCCGCGCUGGCGGAGCGCCGCCGCCGCGCGCGAGAGGAGCUGGAGCGACACGCAGAGCUGGAGCGACGCAGGCUCCAACAAGAGGCGGAGGAGGAGGCGGAGAGGCAGCGGCUGGAAGAAGAGCGACAGAAACGCGAAGAAGAAGAGGCCAGAGAACUCGCUCAACUACAACGGAAGAUGGAGGAAGAGAAACUGCAGAAAGCCAUCGAGGCGCAGCAGCAGCUGGAGCGCGAGGAGGCGGCCCGGCGGUCGCGCGAGGAGGCGGAGCGGCAGGCCAAGCUGCGGGAGGACGAGGAGAAGCGCCGCGCCGCCGAGGACGCGGAGAAGCUGCGCCGGGAGGAGGCCGAGCGCGAGGAGAAAGAGCGGAUCGCCAGGAAACAACGCGUCGAGGCCAUCAUGGCCAGGACCAGGCUCAGGAAGGCGGAAGAAGAAAAGAAACAACAAGAAAAGGCUCAGAGCCAGCAGUCCACGCCGGCGGCUUCUGCGCAAGAAAACCUUGCGCCGACCAACAAACAGGACGACCCCUCUCCGCCUGCUGACGCGGUACAAGCGGCGGCUCCACCGGCGCCGGUCGCCGCCCCGCAGGACAACGGGAACGCGGCCACGGACGACCUGCUCGGGCUCGAUCCCCCCCGCCCCCCGGGAGACGGCUCCACUCCCACAACCCAGGUUGUAGAGCCGGCGACACUAGAGCCCGCACACGAGGCGCCCACUGUCCGCAGCGAACACAACGCUACGACCAACAACGGCAACGACACGGCCGACCUGCUCGGCUUGUCCGAACAAACCGACAUCGAGGACAAGACACAAGUGCAAUUGACACCAAAACAAGCAACGAUCGACAACACGCCAACACCAAACCCAACAGAGACCAACAACGGCAACGUCCACUUGGACCAAACCUCCAACAUUGGCCACAUUUCCGCCAACUUCUUACAAACGGAGCGGACGGCCAACGAGAAUCAAACAAAGAUGGCCGACGUUCCGAAACUUCUAGAAGACGAUUUCACAACGCACAACGGACACGGAACGCAUAAUCAUCCUUUGACGCUUCAGAACGCUAUCUAAAGCGAUUGAGUUAAGGCUUAGAAUUGAAUGAUGGCUAUAUUUCAUAGCGUACAUAUUGGCUGGGCGUCGACCGACCAUAGAGACGCGGCGACGAACGAUACGUUAAGUAGUAGAGUUAACGAAUUUAUAAUUUGGAGAGAUUUUUUUUUUAUUUCUAGCUAAUUUCUUUACUGACGAUAUACAAAUUUAUAUCGCAAUGAACUUGCGGUCGCCUCAAACCGAGCGAAAACGUUAAGGCGAAGUCAUAUUAAAAAAAACUGGUAAAAAGUAUUAAUUUUUUUUUUUUUUUUUUUUUUUUUUUUUAUUGCUUAGAUGUGUGGACGAGCUCACAGCCCACCUGGUGUUAAGUGGUUACUGGAGCCCAUAGACAUCUACAACGUAAAUGCGCCACCCACCUUGAGAUAUAAGUUGUAAGGUCUCAGUAUAGUUACAACGGCUGCCCCACCCUUCAAACCGAAACGCAUUACUGCUUCACGGCAGAAAUAGACAGGGCGGUGGUACCUACCCGCGCGGACUCACAACAGGUCCUACCACCAGUAAUUACGCAAAUUAUAAUUUUGCGGGUUUCACUUUUAUUACACGAUGUUAUUCCUUCACCGUGGAAGUCAAUCGUGAAGAUUUGUUGAGUACGUAUUUCAUUAGAAAAAUUGGUACCCGCCUGCGGGAUUCGAACACCGGUGCAUCGCGCUCAACGCGAAUGCACCGGACGUCUUAUCCGUUAGACCACGACGACUUCAAAACUUGCUGCCGUCUGUUUGAAAUGGUGCCUAUAAUAAUUAAUUUAACAUUUAUUUGGUGCUAAUUAGAAAUUAAUAAAAUGGUAGGCAGAUUCAGUUUGAAAUGAAAUUUUUUGUUGAAGAUACAGAUGAGAACGGUAAACUGACCAAAGUUUACAAUGCCAAAUAAAAGCAAGGUGUUCUAUUUUUUUAUUCCAAACUAAUAUGAUACAAAUUUGUACAUCAUAUUAGUGAUGGUUAAGUGAAGGCAAAAAAAAAACAGUCUUGCGCGUUGAGAAUUGUUAAAACAUAAUCUGAUUUUUUCAACGUUGAUAAAAAUGACGCAGCCAAUGUGUACGCGUUGAGAACACAAUGAACUGUCACAUGAUAGAAUAUAUCCGUAUUAUCCACAGAUAACAUAUCGUUCUAACGACGAACAGUGGCGGGAAGGUCGCGCACCCAGGGCCGCAAUAAGACUCAAAAGUAUUCAUACACUAAAAUUACAUUCAAAUAUCAUCCUGCAGAUUUCAAAUCGUGCUUUUGUGUUUGAAAAAGAAUAUCCGGGUAGUAGCGUUUUCAUUGACUGGUUUUAUCCGCGAGUGCUGCCACACUGUACCAACAAACUCUGAAAUACUUUUAUUCAAACACAAACAAUAUACCUACAUUUUAGUGACAGCUGGAAUAUUUGUAACAAUGGACUUUAUCGCUUACAAGCUAACGAAAAAUAUCAGUAAUAAAAUUGUGGACAUUGCUAGUCGAAAAUGACCACCAAAUUGUGCAUUAGCUCAAGUCAACGACAUAAUUAAAUCAUACUAGUACAGCGCCUAUUUAGCUUGAGAAAAAUAAAAACUCUGUUAAAAAAUUGUACUGAAAACUGCAGGAUAAUGUUUGUUUUGUAUGAACACACACUAGCUAUUACUCUGAAUACAUUUUACGGUAAUUCUACAUGUGACAGUGCGUGAGGACUAAAUCAUGUUAUUGCAUUUAAAUUAAGUAAAAUAAAUAGAAGCAGGAUCGUCUUGUUGAUUAAAUUUAAAUUAUUUUGUAAUGUAAUGUGAUGUGCAUCUGUCAUCGAGGGGAACGGCGUCGGCACAUGUGCAGCCCAACGCUUUAGUGCGGGUUUGAUACUGUACAUGUAUUGCUUACUACUUACCUUACCAUUACUACUUACUUUAACCACUAAUAUGAAAUCAGCUCACGAGUGCUCACGGCUUGGCUUUGAAAACAAAACAAGUUAUGCAGCAUGCCUGGCUGCUCGGCCCAAGGUCGUGGGUUCAAUUCCCGCAUCGGACAAACAUUCGUGUGACGAACAGAUUCCUUUGCUCAUUAGUAUCUAUAUAUUAACUGGCUUUUUGGCCGCCGUAAUAACCACUUUUGUAAAAAGUUAACACAAAUGGAUCGGACCCAGAUUCAAAGGGAGUUUUUUUUUUCCAGUCCUCACUAGACAGAGGAAAGGAGCAUCGUUUUGUUUAAGGAACAAGUUGAAAAAUUGACCACCAGUAAACAGCAAGCUAUUUUUUAGAAGACUCGCCGAAAUAGCGCUAGUGUAGAAAGUGGGAAUUAUAUGAAUACAGCAGUUUUAGUCAGAGUGAAGUGUGCUGGGUUGAAGUGAAAAUCCUUCCACUUGCCACUGUGGCGCCACCUUAAUUUGCUUACUGGUCACUUUUUUAUACACUGAAAUGAUGCUCCUUACUUCUAAGUUCUACUCUCCAUGGUCGCAACCUUCAAUCGCUUAGAUGACAAAUAGGUCAAGAUGGCGGCCCGAGUGACACCUGUCACUAAUGUGACGUACAUUGACAUAAAUACAAAUUACGCCAUUUUAACGUUACCUUAUUUCGAAUACACAGUGCCGAAUGAUUUAAUAUCAGAGCGUCCAACAUUUGAACCAACUCGGAUGUAGCCUCGUCAAAUGUAUAUCACAUUACAGUUUUUUUUUUUUUUAAUCAAUUGCAUUGGGUAUUCAAACAAUUUCUAUUAAUAGCGUUGUCAUUUGUAUUUUUGUUGUAGGGUUGUGUUUAAAAAGAAAGAUACAUGGCGUAUUACAUAAUCUGUAUAAGUUUAUUUAUUGUGAUUUGUUUUUUUUGUGAUUAGAAUCUAAACGAUCGAUCGUCCAAGGAAACGGACUUACCGGAAAUGACGUUCGCUUUGAUUACAUUAAGGGCGACCAACAUCGCUUUCUUGAAAAAUGCAGUAUUUAAAUAGUAACACAAUUAUUAUUACGAUCUAUUUAAUGAACAAUUUCCAGUCUUAAACCGUUAAAAUAAAGUAGGUAUUCGCAAGUACAGUUCAUUGCUGUUCUUUAUAUUUCGUUUCAAAAUAUCAUAAAAUGAUAGCUUUUUGUCGGGGCAUUGUGAGCCUUACCCUGUAGUAAAUAAGUUCAUAAUAGUAACUCGUAUCUAAUCAAAAUAAUCAUUCUUCUUAUGAACGUUUAUAAAAUGAUAAUGCUUAAAAUACAUACAAUAAGGAAAUAAUAAUUUAUUUAGCGACAUGCAUAAACGUUUUUUUUUUGUAUGAUAAGUAGUUAGCGUUCAAAUAAUAAUUCCUAUUCAUAUUAUAAUGUAAUACUAAAAAUAACUAUUUUGUUUUUCAAUUUUUUAUUUAGUAAUUUUUUUUUUUUGUUUUUGUUCUUUGACUUAAUCUGUGCACUUUUCUACUCUAUGACAUUACAGUGAUAUGAAUGUCGGUCGUAAAACUGUAUUUUUGUUUUCUCUUUUCUCCUAAAUCCUAAUCUGAAUUCAAUUUCACGGGAGAGCAAUCACUUAUGGAAUAUUUUCUAAUAUUAAAAUUAGUUAACCUUUUACUUUUUUGUUUUUUUUUUGUUUUCAAUACUCCAUGCUUUAAAAUAUAUUUAAUCGCAUAAAAUAAUGUUAUUACAAAUGUCUGUUUUCUCUAGCAUGUUACAACCGAAGCGUGGAGUGGUCGCUAAUGACAUCUGUCACGGGGACAGCUGUCAUCAAUGACACACGUGUAUAAGUGUUUUCGCUUGUAGUUAAAGUUUUACAAGUUCAUUAAUUCGUUUUGCUAAUUGUCCAUUUUUUUGCCUCCUUUACAAAUAGGAAAUCAUGUAGUUAAAUGGCCUUUGAAACGUAUCGCUUAUGAUCUUUAGCAUUGAGACGGAAAAUAUUUUCGAUAUUUAUUAAGAACGUUUAGAUUGUAAGCGAUUUUGUUCGCGUAUGAAUGUUCCAGUACAACUGUAAUGUUUAUGACGAAUUUCAUCGGCCGCCAUUGAAUGAAGGCUAGUUUUUUUUUUUAUAAAUAUGGCAAUUUUGUACAAAUUUGAAAUUCGAUUGUUUUGUAUUAUCUGUGGAAACCAAGAUGGCGGCCUGUCAAUGUGCAAGAGCAGUUUUUGUAUGAAUGUAUAUCGGAGGCCGGUUGUUAGCUGUCAUCUAUAAUAACAAUGUAUGUAAUGUAUUUAUGUAUAUCGCCCAUUGAACAUGGCUUCUAUGUACUUUCUUUAUUAUGUUAGCGAUCGAUGGAUUUGUAAGGAGAAGUUUUAAUAAAAAAAUAUUAUUAA